CGAAGACGAGCGAUAACGCUACGGUAGUGCCGUCAUCACCACGUCACGGCCGCAACCCGCCUGGUCCACCGUUGCAUACCAAUAUGCAGAGCUGCGUCAUGCAUCUUAUCUUCUUGCACACAGCAUUAUCAGCCUGGAAGGCAUUGUCGCUUACUACCCGACGUCGUAUCGACGGGGUCGCAGACUCGCAGUGUCGGGCCUCGGGGAUUGUUCUGUCACCAUUUCGAGCCAGCCGCAAGCCCGCAAGCUGGAGGAGCCUGAGGAUGUUGGACGCUUCGUCGGUUGUUCCUUCCGCUGAGUUGAUGCGCGCUGAAUCCGCCGUUGAUCCUUGACCAGCGCGGCUUGGAUCACAUAUGGAUGCUCAAUGGACGAAUAACAGGGUCCCAAACAACAAACUCUUGUUCCCGUACUGUCUGUGCUGGUCGCUGACCCUCACAUAGGCAAUACGUCGCUGACGUCUUUCACCAGUCGCCCGGUUAGCUCAGCUGGUUAGAGCGUCGUACUAAUACCGGUUCCACUUGUAUAUGGUAUGCGAAGGUCAACAGUUCAAUCCUGUU